GAGUUCAACAGAUGUGUCUCACUGUGGAUAGCAGUUGAGAACAGUUACGGUUUUAAGACUGCGAUCAGAGGCCUUGAUGCUACCAACUGCCCACCCCAGGUCACACACUGGCUUCGUGUGCACUGUCGCAUGCUGUCAAACCUUCCAGUCAUCGAGAGCCUAGAUGAGUACACUUGCUCCUGGUGGCUGUGGUGGGCUGGCCUUCAACCGGAGUGGAGAAAAAAUGAUAUUUCUGGGCAUCCAAUACCCGGCGGUGGUGGUGAUUGGACCAAGCUCAGAAAGCCCGGUCAAAACGGGUUGCUCACGGUCCUUCUUGCCCUUCUGUGGUGGAGACUAGCUGCAGAAGAAGUGAACUUGUCGGACUGGAACAUGGCAGUUGCUGAUGUAUCCUGGGUCCUCACGCAGCUCACACAUGAUCAAGUGCCUCACAUAGUGCUCAGGAAACAUGGAAAGGAGACGCUUGGAUGCCGACCAAAGAAACAGUAA